UCCCCGAUUCGCUAUAGUUUCCCGCGCCUUGUCAGACGCGUUUCGGUCAGAGCUCGCGCCGCUCGUGGCUGUCCGAGCACUUAUCGCGAUAUUCAGGUUAAAAAUACAUGCGGCUAUUUCAGUUCUAGUGUAUUGUGAGUGGAAUAUGAUUUUGUAUGGGCAUGACAGAACCAAGCAAAUUAUUUCGCGCUCAAAUGCCAAGCGGACUACUUUUUAUUUAUAGAAAAUAUAAAUAAAUAAGCAUUUAAAUUAAACUAGUUACGAUACUUAAUAUACACGAAAAUAAAUGGCAUUUGUACGAAGAAAAAUAGUAAAAUAAGUGAUUGUGCGAAAGGGAUAGAUUUAUACCGAGUGUGGCUGACAGAAAAGGAGAGAAGAUGUCGUUGGUUGCGCCGCGGAGGGUCCAGCUGGACUGGGCUCCUUCGAUCAUACCGUGGGAACAGGAGCCCACGUGCGAGAGGGAGGCGUCUUUCAAACAGCAGGCGCCGCACCGGUCUAACAGAUCAGAGUCGAGCUCGUCGUCUGCGGACACCGCGUCGCAGGGUUCCGGGUCGGCAGCCCCCGCGCACAGAGCGAGGCGACAUGAACCACAGAGGGAGGAACGUCGGCAGGAAGCGGCUAGCGCCCCGCGCAUACAACCCAACCCUUUAUUGAGGUCUCGCACCCUCCCGAACUUCGGGGGUCGUCAGUCGCGCGAGGCGUCUCGCUGCGACACCUCGCGCCGCGCUCACCACAUCACCAUGGCGUCCGAGGACCUGCUGCAGCCGGGACACGUCGUCAAGGAGAGGUGGAAGGUAGUGAAGAAGAUCGGCGGCGGCGGCUUCGGCGAGAUCUACGAGGGUCUGGACCUGGUGACGCAGGAGCAGGUGGCGCUCAAGGUGGAGUCCGCGCGGCAGCCCAAGCAGGUGCUCAAGAUGGAGGUCGCUGUGCUCAAGAAAUUGCAAGGCAAAGAGCACGUGUGUCGUUUCAUCGGGUGCGGACGCAACGCUCGCUUCAACUACGUGGUGAUGCAGCUGCAGGGCCGCAACCUCGCCGAGCUGCGUCGCGCCCAGCCGCGCGGCGCCUUCUCGCUCUCCACCACCCUCAGAUUGGGCCUGCAAAUACUCAAAGCGAUAGACUCUAUUCACUCCGUAGGCUUCCUACACAGAGAUAUUAAACCUAGUAACUUCAGCAUAGGCCGGCACCCGUCGAACUGCCGCAAGGUGUACAUGCUGGACUUCGGGCUGGCGCGGCAGUACACCACCAGCAACGGCCAGGUGCGGCCGCCCAGGGCUGCUGCCGGCUUCCGGGGAACCGUCCGCUACGCAUCGAUAAACGCUCACAAGAACAAGGAGAUGGGCCGACACGACGAUCUAUGGUCGCUCUUCUAUAUGCUCGUGGAGUUUGUCAAUGGUCAGCUGCCGUGGAGGAAGAUCAAGGAUAAGGAGCAGGUGGGGCUGAUGAAGGAGAAGUACGACCACCGGCUGCUGCUGAAGCACCUGCCGUCCGAGCUGCGGCAGUUCCUGGAGCACGUGCAGGCGCUGGAGUACGCCGACGCGCCCGACUACGCCAUGCUGGCAGCCCUGCUCGAGCGAUGCUGCAAGCGCCGCGGGAUACGGGAUACUGACCCCUACGACUGGGAGAAGGAUGCGGUGCCGCUGUCCCGCACGCGCGCGCACGCGGCGCCCGACGCGCCCGCGCCGCAGGACCUCGCGCCUGAUACUACCCGUCGGCGCGUGGAGACGGAGGCGACGACGGCCGUGGCGACGGACACGCAGACGCCGCACAAGGACAAGCUCGACAAGCGCCACGCCGCCUCGCCGCGCCACCAGCCGCACCAUCUCAACGGAUAUUCGAGCACGGACAAGGGCGUGGCAGAGAAGGAAGUGGAGGCGGCGCCCUCGCCCGACAGACACGCCAAGCUGCAACACCAAGAGACGAGCAACUCUGCGGUGACGGGCACGAGCACGCGGCCCGAGCGACAGAGCGUGCCGCCCUGCAAGCCCAGGCCGCCCGCACCCGGCGGCGGUCCGACGCUGGCGCGGCUGCGCGUGGUGACGGCGCCGCCCACCUGCGUGCAGGAGCUCGCCUCCGCCUCGCCCAACACGCCCGGUGAGGCGGUGAGUCCGCGGAUCAUAGCGGCCGAUGUCGACAGCGUUCACUCCGAUACACACUUCAAGAGAGGAGCUCGUCGCACGGGCCGCGGCCGCGCGGAUCAGAGCUACACGCAGUUCGCCGUCAUGGACGACGAGAACGUCUCCGCGCUGCAGCAGGUGACGAAGGGCGGCGCGCUGACGCUGGUGUCGCUGUGGAAGUCGCAGUUCGACGACUCCGAGGAGACCACCGACAACGAGUGGAAGCAGGAGCAGCUGCAGUCGCCGGAGCGAGCGGCGCGCGGCUCGGCGCUGUCGUCCAGCUCCCACGCGCCGCGCACCCACGCACCCACCACGCACUCCACCACCCACCAGCACACCGUGCAACACCAUCUGCUGCACCAGGCGGCGCAACAAACAGAGAAGACGUCGCCUCCACCCACAGCCGCCGCCCCCGCGCCGCCCACCGCGGCCGCCCCCAUCCCGCCCCCGCCGGUGGUGUCAGCCCCGGCGGCGUCGCCCCGGGUAGUCCGGCAGGUGUCGGAGCCGCCGCGCAAGAAGCUGCACUGCCUGUAUAUACCGGGCAUCGACGCGUACCCCAAGCUGCAGCCUAGCUUGCCACGGUGUUGGUCGCUGCCUGCUAUCGGCUGCCGAGUCCGUUCCCUGCGGGCGCCGCUGCUGCAGCAGGCGUCGUUCGACGGCAGCGGCGGCUGCGUGCGCUACCGCCUGGACGUGAUGCGCGGCGUGGCGGCGCGCCACGACCAAGAGCCGCCCAUGCCGCAGCGAGCGCUCAGUGCACCCAGUCUAUCGAGCUCGUCGAGCAGCGGCGCAGCCCCGCGGGCGCCGGCGCCGGGCGGCGAGGGCGCGACGGUGUCGAGCCGGCUGGAGAUCCGCGUGCGCGCGCCCGACGCCGCCUCGCCCGGACACUCCGUGAAGAUUCAAUCGGUAGUGAGCGGCGAGCCGCGCAACCACGACGAGGCGUCCGUCUACUACGACGCCACGGAACACCACCGGGACAAACGGUCGUCGACGCGCAGCGCGGAGAAGAGUCAGAGUCCAGCGGUGGAGAGGACACGGUUAGACGCUAUACCGGACAGGAGCAUUAUAGCAAUUAAUAAGAAGGAAGUGUCCAGUGCAGCCGGCGACGGCUCUCAGAGCUUGAGAGAUCGGUCGUCAGGCAGCGCGAGCACGUCGCGCAUCCCGGUGGCGUGCGGCGCGGAGCAGCGCCUCGCCAAGUGCGCCAGCUGGAGCGGCGACGGCGCCCUCGCGCCCGACGUCACCGACCUCACCCCUGCGUUGCGUCGGCGGCGCCAGAACGCGGACAAGUACGCGGUGGACCCGGCGCGGGAGCUCAACCUGAGGUUCGCCAGGCCACGACACCGGCAGCCGCCGCACCAUCACUCCAGCCGCAGCGGGUCCCGCGGGGUGCCGGCGCUGCUGCUGCCGUCGCCCCCCGCGUCGGGCGGGUCGUCGUCGUCCGGGUCCCCGCCGCCGGCGGGCCCCGCGCCGCCCGCGGGCCCCCCGGGCGCGGCGCCGGCGCACAACGCGGCGCGCGCGCGGCGCUUCCGCCCGCUGUCCAUCGCGCCCUAACACUGCCGCCACCCCGUACUACUUCCACUCUACAGAUACGACGUCACGCCGGGCCGCGCUCACUAGACUUGCUUGUCUCAGCAUGGCUUGCGGCUAGCUUCGGACGAGCAGAGCUACGUGAACUCCGACUGCACACUCUUAUUAUUGAAUGUGAUUGCAUUUGUUGUCCACUGUCACGCCUUAAGGAAUAGUCACCUGUAUAUUUGUGUUAGACAUUGACAAAUUUUACAAUUAUGUUUUAUUUUGUAAAUAUUGAGUUAAUUUUUUACAUGCGGUGCGUUAUUUAUUUUUUAUCCAAGCGCUGCAGUGUUGCGUGACGAGCCGGCAGUUUUACUCCAAUGACUAAUCUUACAGAACUAUAAGUACCGACAUUGCUACUCAACACUGCAGCGCACAAAAACAUUUAUUUGCUAUAAAAUGCUUAAUAUAGUGUUGUAUCUCUUAAUUAUUUAUUAGUUACGAUGAAAAGUCACGUUGACACUUAAAGUGGUUGCGUGACAUACAAAGUGACAUGAUGUCACGCUGGCGUUGUCAGAGAGACACUCACGUGGUUACACGGGAGACUCAGUGAGAUCUACACGUAUGUAUAAUGAUGCUUUUUUGUUGUAAAACUAAGCUGUUCAACGCUCUCUAUUACUGUAAUGUACAUUUAAGUGAAUCAUAGUGACGCGGGCGUCUCUCUGACGACGCGAUGUUAAUAUAUUGUACGAGUUAGAUAAACGUUUCAAUGAAUAUCGAAGUAAUCAAACAAGGGAAUUUAGCUGUACGCGCUCCUAGUGCCGAUAGCGAUUGGAAAUGUCGAUUCAGAUACCGUUAUAUCAAAAUAUCCAUAUACACUUCAAUAGGAGAAACAUUAUUGAAUUACAUGGAUUGCUGAUUACCUCAGAAUUAAUUACCCACAACCAACAAGUUUUCAUAACUAUUUAUCGAGUUUCCAAUCGACUACGAUACUAGAAACUGUAAUUGUUUUACGUGGAUUUCCAUAACCUAUCCAUCCGAUAUUUGAUUAGAUAUUGAAUGUUGGCAUUAGCUCCAUACAAAUGAUGCCGUAUUUCAAUAUGUAAUCGUAUAGUAGUGAUACGUUAUAGAAAUCGACGGUUAAACAACAUUUGUGAGAUUAUCUUAGUAUCUCAGUUGGCGGAUUGGUGAUUCUCAUUAUUAUAAUAAAUAAUAUUUCAAGCAUAAUACGAUUGCUUGGAAUGCAAAGUGCUAUAUUUAUUAUCAGUAACUUAGGACACGUCUUAAUGUUUCGCUAAUUAAUCACAAUAUGUGUUUCUAAUUAUAAUGUUUCACUUUGUUUUUGUGCUAUGAACGGCUAAAUAUCUGCCAGUAGCCAUCGUCUCACGAAUGUUAUAAUUAAAAACAUAUAUUUGUAAUUAUGUACAGAUCGUUCGGUGGGUUUAUGUCAAUUCUAUGCGUCGAUCGUCCAAAUCUACUCAGAAUAAGGAAUAAUGGAAUCAUAGUUUUCAAAUUAUUUAUUUUCGCUUCCUUCGAAGCAUCAUUUAUGAAAUAGAUUAAAUUAAAAUGGAUAUGAUUAGUAGUUUUAUAAAGCUAUGGUGUAGGACUGACAUAACCUCACUCUGUAUAAUUGUUACGAAUCAAUCGAGCAUGUUGUACAAAUUCGUUUCUACCGUCGAAUUGUGAAAUUCUAAUACUUUACCCGAUGGGUGCAAAAUAGUUCAAAAUUUGUUGAUAACUCUAUGUGUCGGCUGAACGGAAGAUAAUAUUUUAAUACUUGACUCAUAGCGUAAUUUUUAAACGAUUACUUAGAUAUGGUUAAGGUAUAAAUAAUGUUUAUGCUUUGGAACGUAUCGACUGUCUCGCAUUUUUGUUAUGUUUUCAAGUCGAUGUAUUUUAUGUCAAACUUUGUUAUCUCCAUGGCAACUGAUAUUAAUGAUGUAUAGUCUGAUGGCAUUCUCAUAGUUAUCGUUAUCAAGGCUAUACUUUGAAUCGAAUUAUUCUUCUGUCACUAACUUGUUUAUCAAUCUCCAAAAAUUUUAAACAAUUUCAGUUAAAAUCGUAUUUUUUAGAGUGAGGUAAUGGUCUACAAUGUUAAAAGCAACGUCUCUUUUUCGCACCAAUUGUUAUUUAGUAAUGGUAUAUCAAAAACCUUGAUAAGUAUAGAAGACCACUAGCAGAUGAAAACUAAUAUUCCAAUAGACACAGAAAAAUACUGAAUACCGAAAUGAAAUGAGCAGACACAAAUAUAUCGACAUUGAAAACGUUGACACGAGACAAACAAACUGUAAUAGAUAGAACACGACGAUUUUCUGUUCACUGUGCUUUUGUAAGCGAUAUCAAUUCCAGUCACACAUUACAUUAUUAAUAAACCAAGUUAUAUAAGUAAAAUCAAACUUAUUACUAGGAAAAUAAAACAUAGUUCUUUUAGUCUAUGUCUCACUUGCCAGCGGUUCUUAUAACUGUCGUUAUUUUGAAAAUUAUCUCUAUGACUAUUGAUUGGGGUUUCUUAGACAAAAUAUAUCCAAUUUUAUCUCUCCUUUAUUUACUCAAAAAAUGAUAUCGCUUUCAGAAUCAAUAGUUCAGAGAAGAAAUAAUAUUAGUUUUAAAACUCAACGGUGUAUGUAAUGUACCUACACUAAUUCCCGAUUCCUAUGUUCAGAGAACGAUCCGCUUUGCUUACGGACAGUCACUCUGUUUUCUAUAAAGCUUAUGUCUAACUACCGUUUGUAAGCAAAACAGAUCCUUUGUCAUAGGAACCGGAAAGAAAUUGAUAGAAACUAUCAAAUUGGGCGUUUGUUUAGUUAUUGAACUUGACACGACUUGUUAACGUGUUGCUGUAAUAUUGUAUACUCUGUGGCAACACUGAGAUUAAAAACUGUAGUUUUGGCAGCAUUUGCUUGUAAGUGAAUUUGGUUAUUUCAGUAAUAGACAAGUGAUGCGUCAUUUGACGAUAGCAUGCGUCCUACAUGACACAGCGAUUGUUAAACAAUUUCAUAAUGAGUUCUAUCUCUAUCGCACUGCAUACAAGAGAGAGAGCAACAUAUCUUAACGUAUAUUUACCUGUCAAUGUUGCCAGAGCAUACAGUAGUACAGUGAUACCAGUGUAUAUACAGACGUAUACACAAAUACAUAUAUAUUGAAGUAGACGCCAUCGCCAUUCAAUUCUAGUCUCGCCGCUUAGUGACGCUGCGUAUAAUGAUAUGAUUAAAUAUGAAUAGAUUAAGUAUUACGAUAUAUUGAGUAUAACAAACUGUGCUUCGCCCUGGAGGCUGGAGGGUGACGGCUGUCGCCUCUGCGGCUCGUAUGCACGGUGACUGGGCACUAGUGACCAGUCUCAGUAACUCACAGCUGUCUCAAACUUUGAACUUGGCCCGAACUUUUACAUAGCUAUUAUGAUGAAGUUUCCUUAGUAAUGUUCGUUGUAUUCACGAGUAGAAUUGUUUAUAAUCACUAAUGACCAGUCACCGUGUAUAUAAAUAUAUAUUAUAUAUAUAACAUGUAUGUUCUAAGGCCCGACGCCACUCGCACGCCUCAUGAGAUGUUCAUUUGCCGUUUAUUUUAUAUCUACCGAAUGCACAAUGAACUUUAAUAAAAGGUAAUUGUCCUUG